UCUAAAAAAAAACAUAUUUAUAUGAUUGGCACGCUAUUUUCGAACUCGCAUACCUUGGAAAACCCAAAAUUAUCAGCUCCAAAUGAAUCGUAUUUCGUAUUCUUCGCGUCGCCAGGCGAUGGAUGUCUUCAAUGGAGACCCCUUCAAAAUUCACUCUUACAACUUUCGCUAUGCCGACAAGCCAUUUUAUCCGGUCCAGAACUACCAAAGAUCUCCGCCCACAGCUCCGCCGGCACUGCCGAAGAAGGCCUCCUUCCAGACCUUCUACCAAAAUCCCAGAUUCAGCCAGGAUCCCGAGUACAUUCCGGCAAAAAGGAGUCCACACCCUAGCUCGUAUAGGCGUCGACUUCUGCAGGAAUCAAUGGAUAUGUCCUUCGGAUCUUCGGUGCCAACGCCGGAUAGGCAAAGUGUACCGGUGGCUCCGCAGACGAAGCGUUCACCCACCGCCACGGAUUCCCCGCAUCUCAGGACCUGCUGUCAAAGUGGUCGGUACGAGGCUAUGAGACGGGGUCCGAGCAUUACGACUUUGUAUCAGAGUAGCAGUAAUCUCCUGCGAUCAGCUGGUGGCGGUGCCCUUCCUACUUCAACCACCACCUUCUCCAGGAACUCCAACACCCAUCUGCAGAGCAGAAGAAGCGGUUGCGGGAUCAGCAUCAAUAUCUGCAGUGCGGAUUCGCAAUCCGAGAUGGACAACAAUGUGAGCAUCGAAAUCGCAACGGAUGCCUAUCUGCUGAACAAUACGGAUAAGGUGAGGAUUAAGUCGCAGCCAGUGCGCUGUACUCCCAGAUCCAGCGGCACCUUCGGCAUCGACAAGCGACUGUCCAAGUUCAAUGUGAGCGAGACGAAACCGCGGACGAGUCCGGAAUGGGAGCUCCGGCAGAGAGAAAAGGCACGGGAAGUGGCGCGGCAACGAGAACGCGAGCGGGAUCGACAACUCCUGGAAGACCGACGCUUGGAGCAGGAGAGGGAGCUUCAGGAGGAGCGGGAGCGUGCUCGCCAGCGGGAGCGAGAUCGUGAGCAGCUCCGCCAGUUGGAGCGCCUGCGGGAUGAGGAGCGUCUCAUAGAAUUGGAAGUGGAGCGCGAGAGGCAGCGCUUGCGGGAGCUGGAGCGUGAAAGUCAGCGGAACAGAGAAAUCGAACGGUUGUGUGCCCUCCAGGAGCAAGCGCGUCGGGAGCAACUGGAGCUACUGUGUCAAGAGCCAAUAAAUCCCCCACCGCCGGUGCCAAUGACCUCGCACUUGUACACCACGACCUCCGAUGAUCGUUUGCCCGGAAUGGCCUUUUGUGACUUAACGUCUCGAAGGUCUCGGAGAUUGGCGACUUCAACGGAGAAUCCUUCCAGAUCGAAGGCAAGACGGAAGACUAGAGUUAAUCAGGAUGCUAGAAGUGUCGCAUCCGCAACCCGUUCACUUACUCCCCCGCCGAUCCUUACCCGCAAUAGCAGCUCCCCUUCACAGACUGAUCCGUGUACUCCCACCUCCCGUUCUUCCUCUGUAAAUCGGAGGUCAAACCCCGGCUCCAGUCGUAGUUUUACACCCGUUUCCAAUCCCCCGCGUAGUGCUUCGCCUACCGUCCCAAGAAAUCUUGAUCGCAGUAGUUCGGGAACUUCAAAUGGCAAUGUCCAUGUCACAGUGACCACUACCGGGAGACGGAGCAACUGCAGCAUGAGGCGUUCAUCCAAUGCCCGGGUUAGUGAGCAAAAACAGCUGAAUGGAAACCAAACCUGCGUCACGUGUCUGAAUAAUAUGCCCAUUAGGAUAACCACUUCCCGAUCCAGGGAUACGGAUCUAGCCUUUAGUCUGAACCAUGUGCGUAUGAGAGCAUCUUCACCAGCGCCACGGGAAAGGAGCAGCAGUCAGGAAAGCCAAGAUUCCUGUCAGGUUAACAUCAGCGUGUGUGCGGAUAAACUGCGUUUGAUGCGUUUGUAAUAAUAUAGGGGAAAUUGGGGGAUUAUAUGCGUGAUUUUUGGGACAGAUCAUCUCUAGAAAAUAGGGUUAGGAUGUCCCAGAAGCCGCACAUAUGCUCCCCUAACUUCUCUAUAUUAGACUAGCCCCAAAAUUAGUUGUAUCAUCGCUGUUAUUUGACUUUUAAAUGUUCCUAACUAAACUAAAUCCCAAAAUGAUAUUCCAAACUAA